GGGGAGGCACGCCGGGCCGCCGCUGCGGAAGCGGCGCGCAAUGGGAGCAGCCGCGGCGGGUUCUGGAGCCCCCGACGAGGCCAUCGCCACCUGAAAAGCGAUGGUGGCGGAUCCACCGACGACGGCACGAGUAGGAGCAGCAGCGGCGGCCCUGGCCAUUGUCUGCCAAGGUAAUGCAAGCCUCCAUGCCCAAGAUAUGAGACAUGAGUGUUGGACGCAGAAGAUUAAAGUGGCUGGGAAUUCUAAUGAUGGUCAACUUCUUUAUAUAUGUGAUUGUGGAGGUGUCAAAGAGCAGUGGCCAAGCAAAGAAUUCAAAAAGACACGUUAUAAUACCGCAGGCCAAAUUCUGGAGAAAAUUUGUUCCUCACAAGGCAUAUUGGAAUAAACAGCAGCAGAAGCUGGAACGCUUAUCCAAUCCCAUUUUUGCAUUGCUUACAAAUAUGACAGUGGAAGAAAGCUUUUUAUCUUCUAAUGGCAGCUUUUCAAAUGCCUGUGAUCCUGACCCAUUUGUAGCGUCACAAAUUAAAGGCUUUAAAGACUUGCCAGAUAGAUUUAAAGACUUCUUGCAUUACUUGAGAUGUAGAAACUAUUCAUUAUUAGUGGACCAACCCCACAAGUGCAAACACAAACCUUUUCUGCUUCUGGCUAUCAAAUCACUUAUUCCCCAUUUUGACAGAAGACAAGCAAUCCGACAGUCUUGGGGGAAAGAAAUUAAAUCGGGAGAUGCAACUAUUGUGAGGGUCUUCCUGUUAGGCCAGAACUCUCCGGAGGAUAACUUUCCUGAUCUCUCAGAUAUGUUGAAAUUUGAGAGUGAAACCCACCAAGAUAUUCUUUUAUGGGACUACAAAGAUACUUUCUUCAAUUUGACCCUGAAAGAGGUACUGUUUCUGAAAUGGGUGAGCAAUACCUGCCCAGGUGCCCAGUUUAUUUUUAAGGGAGAUGAUGAUGUUUUUGUGAACACGCAUCAGAUCCUGGAUUACUUGAAGAGUUUAACCAAGGAUAAAGCCAAAGACUUGUUCAUAGGUGAUGUGAUCAAAGAUGCUGGACCUCAUCGUGACAAGACACUGAAGUACUAUAUCCCGGAAAGUAUUUAUGAAGGCUCUUACCCUCCAUAUGCAGGAGGUGGUGGGUUUCUCUAUUCUGGUGAUCUUGCAUUAAGAUUAGCCAAUGCAUCUGACCAAGUCCUACUCUAUCCCAUUGAUGAUGUCUAUACUGGAAUGUGCCUUCAGAAACUUGGGCUUGCUCCCGAAAAACAUAAAGGCUUCAAGACUUUUGGCAUUGAAGAGAAACACAGGGAUAAUAUUUGUUCCUACACAAAUCUAAUGUUGGUCCACAGCAGGCAACCCCAAGAAAUUAUUAAGAUUUGGACGAACUUGCAAGAUCCAGAUUUAAGUUGUUGAGUAUAUAUAUGUCCAAAAGUUCUCUCCAAAUUUGGGUUUAAUUUAUUGGCUAAAUGGUUAGUACUUUGAAUAGUUUGUUUUGCAAAGCAAAACUCGCUAUAAAUGGUUUGUCCAGAACUUCUAAAAGAACAAUUACAUCAGUAACAAUGCACAUCAUGAGGAUAUGGCACGUAGAUGCAGUCCUUUUAUCUUUCCACUGUCAUGUGUUCAAUACUUUCACCCAAUAAAAAACUGAAAAAGCAUACCCUUCAGAAGUUGUGAUUAAACUAUUAAUUUAAUGACCAUUUAGCUCAAAUAUUAGAAGACCUUUCCUGUUUUCUAAUUAUAAUAAUUAUUUAAUUGUGGUGAUAGAAGCUACACACUGAUUUGUUUUCCUGAGAUAAGAUAUCUCAGAGACUGUUUUGGAACUCAAAUUCAGGAAAGUAACUUCAAAAUAAAUAAACAUGGGUAGAGUGUUCAGCUCCCAUACUCUGAGUACUCCUCUUGGAAUUAAGUUACAAGUAAUUUAAGUUUAUGGAUCUAAAUGGACCUACUCCUGAGUAAAAUGCAACCCAUGCCACCAAAAAGUUGGUUUUUAUGGCUUUCCUUUUCCACUGUCUCGUUAUAUCAUCCCACUGAACAGUAUUCAGUUAAAUGUGAUGGAGAUCCGUGUAAUCUGUAUGUAACUGUUUAAAAUAUCAGAUGAUACAUAUCUAUGGCUGAGAAGCUGUAUAGUUUAAAGUGUAUUUUGGGAGGUUAAGUGUUGCUUUGCAUCAGACAUCAGGCUUAGCUAAUGCUCAAGCAUUUUACACUUUUCUUAAACUGGCAUCAGACCUACACAGUCUCUUUAUUUCCACAGUAGGCUUAACAUUGCUCUGUUGUCUUUUAUGUUGUUAAAAAAAAUCAGGCAACUUCACUGAUAAAAUUAACUGAUAUGUGAAUUGUUAAUUGGCUUACAAAAACUGGGCCUUUCUUACAGUCUAGGGUUAGAACCUUAUGAAAAUGCGCAAUUUCUGAGAUUCCAAAUCACUCAACCCCUGCAAUUAUUAAGGGUAUCUCAAAGGCACAGGUCCUGAAACACUCUAUCUGCCAUAUCUUCAUCUGUGUUGUAUCAGACAAUUAUUCAAAACAAUGACUGCUUUCUUUAUAUACGUAGAAGUGCCUGUAUUUAUUGUUCAGAUGGAAGACCAAAACAUUUUCUUAAAUAUAUUUAAGAAAUAUUUGUAUAGUGUUGUCAGUCAUAUUUAAAUAGAGUACACUAUUUUAAAUGUGUUGAAAUAUAAAGAGUUAAAUAAAGUUAAUUGUUUUCGAAUUUCAAAAAGUAUAUGUGUGUACAUCCCAAUUUGUAGAGACAAGUUUAGAUAAUUCACACUAUAAUGAUCACCGUCAGUAUGUCAACUUUAAUUUACUCAAGAGCUCUUAUGGCCUAGGUCCGUGGCUUGUUGCCCCAUAAGAUGGGUCCAUGUUCUUGUCCAUCACACUGGUGCAAUUUCUACCACUGCACUGCUUGCUAGGAGCAAAUUAUAACCAGUCAACAAGGAGUGACAUUUUGUACUGGAAAAGCCCCUCUGUUUCUGUGGGUGCAGCAAAGAUGUCCAAGUUCAUUUCCUUUUCCAUGGUGUAGGGGAGGCUUAGUGGUAUUAGGCGGUAACAUUUCAGUGGCAGAGAGACUGAGAAAGAUCUACAGGCAGCAGCCUUGGUAGUAAAGGGGCUUACAGGGGCAUAUAUAAUGCUCGUCUUGACGAUAAUCCAAAACUUAGAGCAGUGGCAUUCUUCCACAUUGUUUUGAGAUAGAAACCCCUCUGAGGAGACUGGGGCCUAUCUUUUUGAUGUUUAGAUUUGAAGGGAAAUCUGUUCAUUCUUAAAAACAUUCUAUCCUGAUAGAGUUGUAUGCUUACGUUAAGAAAGAAUAUUGCUGAGGGAGGAAUUCAUCAUGGCAGUCAUUAGCACAAGCUUUUCAGCUUGCAAGAGGAAACCCUCUUCUACCCCCGCAUGCAUUUCUGGAGGUUGUUCUUAUACCCCACAGCCAAUUUGGGGUGGGGGGUGGAGGAGAGGAAGGGGGAAGCCCCAUUGCAGUAGCAGCAAUCAUUAGUUGAAACCUUCCUAUAUUCCCCUACCCUAAGGCCACUGUUCUGUGCCCCCUUACAUGGAACAAGCACUAUUGAACUCAAAGGGGCUUACUCCUGAGUAGACAUGUAGAGGACUAGACUAUAAGGCCCGUAUCCUGUGAACACUUGCCUGUGGAUAAGCCCCAAAUAAUACAUUGCAACACACUUCUGAGAAAACACACACUAAGCCUGUUCAUCUUAGUCCUUGCCGCUCACCUCGUUUUUCCCCAUUUUUCUGUAUUCUGUUUUGUUGCUUCACGCUUACUGCACCACAAAGUUCAUAUUGUCUGCAAUCUCUAUGUUUUAUCAAGAGAUAAAAAUGAGUUUUUAAAUUCUAUUUUUGUAAAUAAAUAAAAUGUCUUUGAAUUUGAAA